AAAGUAUUUGUCGUAUAAUUAUCGAGAAUUAAAUGUCAAGAAUUAGCAUCAGGAAAUAUAUAUGAGAAUGAAUGUCGUUAGAGAGUCAUAUAGAAAAGUGUAAAUGGCCCGGGGUUAAAUUUAAAAGUACGUCUUCUAGAAAAAGAGAUAUUCAAGAACGAGAUUUUUUUUCAAACGAAUGCGAAUGGUAACAAUUGGACUGAAAUUGAUUGGGCUAUUAAAAUGAGGAUUUAAAAAAAAGGCUAUUAAAAUUAAAUCUAAUUCUUGUAUUCUAUUGACCUAUUGUACGAUAAUAGAAAUUUCCAAGAAAUUUAAACUUGAUCCUAUACGCGGGAACGCGUACAAAUACAUUAACAUGUGUAUUGUACACAUGUCAGUCUUCGGAUCUGACAAGGUAUCGAUACGUUUCCUCUAUCUUGAGAAUUAUAAAUAAUAAUCAAAGAAGCUAUCCCCGUUAACGAAGGAUUUUUCUCUCGUAAAGCAACUCUCGUAUCAAAAGCGCAAAGAGAAACAUAGUGAUCCAUUGGUUCACAGCCGACGAAAGCGGCGGAGUUUCCUAAGAUUUCGAGCCAAUGGGAAUACGUUGGCUUGCUAAAAAUACAUUUUGAAUCACAGUAGGAGGAGAUGAGACGACACCUCCUUCUCGAAAGACAAGAAAUACUCUUAUGAGUACGUAUCUCUACUCGAACAAAACGGGUAACUCUCAGUCACCACAAUUCAGUCAAGUAUUUAAGAAGAGUCGAACGGAUGUAACAGCGCUAAACAAAAAUAUCGAAAAGAUCGAAAUUUUUAGGCAAGUUUUAUCAAAGUAAUAGAAAAGCGCGGUACAUAAAAAAAAAAACAGUAACUUUUCGCACAUGUCAAAAAAACAUAUAUAUAGCAUAUGUGCAAAGCUUCCUGUGUCACUUGAGAACAAUCAGUAAUAACGAGGAACAAGAUCUAUACACACAUAUACAGAAUAUUUCAAACAGUACAAUUUGCGGAUUUUGUUGGACGUGCGAAUUAUCAUGUUAAUGAGAUGUAUAUUGUGUAUACUGUGAAACAAAUGUGUCUAAUGUCGAUCGUGCAUUUUAAAUAAUAUUUCUGAAAGUAAUAUUUCUCGCAAAUUUCGCAAGAGAUUUAAUCGAGAUUGAUAUAAUAUUAUAAUCCAUCCGUUAAAUACACGUGUCAUUCUCUCUCUCCUUCAAGAUAAUAUCAAAAUCAGAAUGAAAACUAACGGAGGCACUUCAAGUCGUUUGAGUACAAAUGUGGAGCAACGUUUAAGAAGUCCGAAGUGCGCGAGAUGUCGGAACCACGGUGUAAUAUCCGGCUUAAAAGGUCACAAGAGAUCCUGCGCAUGGAAAGAUUGCCGAUGUCCUUGUUGUCUUCUAGUCGUCGAAAGGCAGCGGGUGAUGGCAGCGCAAGUUGCUCUACGUAGGCAACAACAAGCACAGGGCGACAAUCUUUUGUCUUCAAUAAAUAAAAUAUCAGCGGACACCGUAAGUCCUUAUUACACUAAGGCAAAAUAUGACGAACCUGCCUGCGGUAGAAGAACCAAGAAUUUUCAAAGGCAUCAUUUACAUUUCACGCAGACGAGUAUCAGCGUGACGCAGGAUUUCUAUGGAUUAAAUGCUGUACACCACAGUUUACCUGGCGCACUAUCAGCACAUCCGCAUUUACUGAGCACUUUAUCUUCUUUGGAGUGCGAUCAAAAACAACAAGCUGAACCCACACUAAAGGUACAAUCUUUCCAUUCUGCAUACCCGACAAUGGUUCCGUGGUUCAAUGAGGUAACGCAAUCGUACAUAGCGAAUGGGGACUUGAACAAUUUUAUUUCUACGAGAGAUUUGCGGAGCUGUCCUACUACAAUCAAUAAUAAACCUUGUUUAGAAAAAAAAGCGCCAAUUUCUUUCAGCGUCGAAUCUAUUAUCGGCACGAAAUAAUAUUAUCCUAUAUACCUGUAUAUU